UGACGGUGCUGGAAAAUAGUCAAACAAAAAGAUAAACAGGCAAGCUAGUAUGAGUGUAUGACUGAAUUUCCUUUAGUGAAGUUCGACAUACUAGACAGGUACCCCAUAGCAAUCACUUUAAGGACAAGUAAUUAGCCUAGCAACAGCAACAGCUCCUACCUAACUUCAUGUUCCACCAGUUCUUGCUUGCACAUAUAGUUAUAUAUAGUGAUGAAGUAGGAGAUAUAGGAGAGGAACCAGUACCACCAUACUGAAAGAUCCCCUCCCCUGGUGAAGAAGAGAUGAUGAGGGAGGGUGAUCCAUGUGUUGCACUUCUGAGAAGCAAGCUCCAUGGCCUGAUUGAGAGGAACCACACUUUGGAAGAGGAGAACAAACAAUUGAGGCAUCAAGUCAGCCGUCUAAAAGGCCAAGUCUCCUCAUUCGAAGGGCAGGAUACUGAGAGAAAGAUAAUGUGGAAGAAGCUGGAGAAUUCAGCCACCGGCAACUUCUCCAAGGAAAAGCAGUUUGUUCACAACAAUGAUGAUGUGAAGGAAGCUAUGGAUCUCAAUAAUUCAGCAUGUUAUAGCAGGCAGCAAUUCCCUAGGGCACCGCUAGUGAAAUCAAGAUCACGAAGGGUUCCAAAUCCACCACCAAGUCCGACAUGCAUCCAACCGACCAUGAAAGCAAACAAGGAAGGAUGCAUGGCUCCUCAUCCUCCACCGCCACCUCCCCUACCUUCCAAAUUAUUGAAGAGCACUAAGGCAGUGCAAAGGGUGCCAGAGGUAGUCGAGUUGUACCGGUUGUUAAUAAGAAGAGAAAGCAAAAAUGAUGCGAAGGCUGGAUCUAUGGGAAUUCCAGUAGCUACUAACAGCCGAGACAUGAUCGGGGAGAUAGAGAACAGAUCAGCUUAUGUUAUAGCUAUUAAAUCAGAUGUAGAAAAUCAGGGUGAAUUCAUUAACUUCCUGGCUAAGGAAGUUCAGAAUGCAGCAUACAAGGAAAUGGCCGAUGUUGAAGAGUUUGUGAAGUGGCUCGAUGGGGAAUUAUCAUACCUGGUAGAUGAAAGGGCAGUGCUCAAGCACUUCCCUAACUGGCCUGAGAAGAAAGCAGAUGCCAUGAGAGAAGCAGCAUUCACCUAUCGCGAUCUGAAGAACCUGGAAUCAGAAGCAUCAUCAUUCCAUGACGACAGGAGACUGGCUACACCUAUGGCUUUCAAGCGUAUGCAAGCUCUACAGGACAAAAUUGAACAAGGUAUUCACAAUACUGAAAAAAUAAGGGAUAGUGCAAGUGGAAGAUACAAGGAUCUUAUGAUCCCAUGGGAUUGGAUGCUUGACUCCGGAAUCAUAAAACAACUAAAGUCCGCUUCAUUAAAGCUUGCAAAAGAAUACAUGAACCGCAUUAUGAAUGCAUUGAAGUCGGAUCCAUUUGUAAAUGAUGAAGAACUGCUUCUGCAAGGUGUCCGCUUUGCCUUCCGAAUACAUCAGCUUGCAGGUGGAUUUGAUGAAGAUUGCCGGAAAGCAUUUCAAGAACUGAAGACGUAUGCAAGCAAGUCAGAGUGAUACAUGGAGUAUACAUGGGUUCAAAUAAGUGUCCUUGGGAUACAAUCAUGAUUAAGUUUUGUCGAGGUUGGCUCCAUGUCGACUCCACUAGUCUUCAGGAUAAUUUUGCGAACAAUUAUCUUAACUUAAUUUAUUUUGCAUCCAAGUUGCAAUCUCUUGAGUAGAAGUUGAAGCCUGAAAUCUAAGUGCAUCUACCCACAACUCUUAAUUUAGAUACACUUUUCAGUAGCAUUAUUAAAUAUCAUUAGAGGUUCUAUUGUUCACAUUAUUUGGUAAGCUCAAUAAAAUUAGAGCCUCCCGGUGAUUGCUGUACCUUGAAGUAUCAAGAGAUAAUGUGCAAAUGACAUAUUCACAAAUAA